CGGGGAGGAGGGCUUCAUCCGAGUCCCGAUCCGUGUAGGAACCCGAGGAGGGAAGCAGAGACCCCCCGUUUCCCGUGUCGCGGACUGGCCGGUGAGAGGAGGAAUGGGCUCGCCGUGCGGACGGCGAAGUGAGCCCGCGAACACAGCGGCCGGGUCUUCACGAGCUGCUCAAGCUCUUUUCCCGAGCCCCGGGGGAGACUUCGGGGCAGGCGCUGCUUCCCGGAUCCCGCAGACCCGCCCCGCACGUCCGGGCCGGCCCCGCAGCCCCGAAGGAACAAGGCCGGCCCCGAACCGGCCCCGCGUGCCCUCCACGCCCCCGCGCGAGCCGCCGGCGGAAGUGCAGCGUCGUGCACUUCCGGGUGUUGUCUGGCCGCCGCCGCGCGUCUCGGGUCUCCGGGCCACCGCCCGGGUCGUGGAGCCAGGAGCGACGUCACCGCCAUGGCGGGCAUCAAAGCCUUAAUUAGUUUGUCCUUUGGAGGAGCAAUUGGGCUGAUGUUCUUGAUGCUGGGAUGCGCCCUUCCAAUAUACAACCAAUACUGGCCCCUCUUUGUUCUGUUUUUUUACAUCCUUUCACCCAUUCCGUACUGCAUAGCAAGAAGAUUAGUGGACGAUACGGAUGCCAUGAGCAAUGCUUGUAAGGAACUCGCCAUAUUUCUCACAACAGGCAUUGUCGUCUCAGCCUUUGGACUGCCUGUCGUAUUUGCCAGAGCACAUCUGAUCGAGUGGGGAGCCUGCGCACUGGUUCUCACGGGAAACACGGUCAUCUUCGCGACUAUCCUCGGCUUCUUCCUGGUCUUUGGGAGCAGCGAUGACUUCAGCUGGCAGCAGUGGUGAAGGGAGCUACUGAACUGUUGUCACAGGGACUUGCGUCGUCUGUUGGCCGUCCGUGCACGGGAGGGGCCGUGACCCUGAGUUGUGUGUCAAGCCUCUGGGGGUGUCCUAGGUGCUCCCUCUCACUAUUGUACGCCUACUGUUUCCACGGGGACUUGCUAAGGAUUAAAAGGAUUUUCUCUUUUGGAAAA